AUGGACGCCAUACAUGUGGCUGUCGUUGCGUUUAUUGUCGUUCUUCUCAUGCCUAUUCUGAUCUAUCUCCGAGACGUCAAAGGGCUGCGCAAAUAUCCUGCAGCGGGCCCGUUUGGCAUUGCAGCGCUCACUCCACUAUGGCUCAUGUACCAUAACUGGUCUGGUGUUCGUUGGAAAGCAAUCAAAAACGCCCACCAGCAGCACGGGAGCAUCGUGCGGAUCUCGCCCAACCACCUCUCCUUCACCGAUCCGGACGCAUACAAGGAGAUCUACGGCCACAAAGCGGACAUUGUCAAAGACGUAUUCUACAGCAACAUGGCGGGCAAUACGCCCAACAUGGCGGACGCAACCGACCGGGUGGACCAUGCGCGGAAGAGGAAGCACUUUGCUGCUAUCUUCUCCGCCAAGAAUGUCGCCAUGCUCGAGCCGCGCGUGCAAGCGUGUGUGACCAAGCUCGUCGAGUGCCUCAAAAUCAAAGCUGGUGGCGGCAUGGUCGCCGAGACGGAUCGGUUCCCUGUGAGCUUAGACGGCAGCUUCGAUAUCAGGCCGUGGUUGAACAUGUUCACGUACGAUGCGAUCAGUUCCAUGAUGUGGUCGGAGAGCUUUGGCUUCCUGGACCGGGGAGACGAUUCGUGUGUUGCCGAGGCUGCAGACGGGGCUACGAAGACGGUGCACGCGAUGCAGACAUUCCAGGAUUCGGUUUGGUUUUCGGUGUUUUGUGCUCAUCUUCCUCCUCUUGCGUAUGAGGCGCUCCGGUUCCUGUCGAGUCGAUCAGCUUGGCAGCUCACCAUUCCUUUGGGACAGAUUGCACGUUAUAAAACGAACAAGCGCCUUGGAGUUCUCCCUGAGCAGCAAGACAUCUUCGCCCAGUUCCCAACGGCCUCCGACGACGGCAAGGGGCGUCAUUCCCUCCCCAUGUGGGAACUCGUGGCCGAGAGCAGCGUGAUGCUCAAUGCCGGCAACGACACCACCCAAACCACCCUGACGAACAACCUCCUCCUCCUGUCCCUCCACCCAGAGAUCCAAUCCAAGCUCCGCGCGAUUCUGAUCUCCGCGAUCCCCGCCUCCUCGCGUCCUGUGGCCUCAUACAGCACGCUCUCUCAAAUCUCGUAUCUUCGAGCCGUCAUCGACGAAAGCUUCCGGAUCCUGACCCCACAACGAUUCGGCCUUCCGCGACGGACCGUCUCCCCCUCGACGAUUGCAGGCCAUGUCAUCCCCCCCGCGGUCACGGUGUCCUCCCCACUGAGCGAGCUGCACGUCAACCCUGCGCUCUUCAGCAAGCCCCGCGAGUGGAUCCCGGAGCGGUGGCUGGCGGACAGCGAAGGGUUCGGGGGCGCCUCCGAGCGCGCGAACCUGAAGGAGUAUGUCAUGCCUUUCACGACGGGGGCUCGGGCCUGUAUCGGUCGCAAUCUGGCCUAUAUGGAGGUUAGUAUUGCGCUGGCGGCGCUGGUCAUGCAGUUUGAGUGGAUGCUGGGCGAGGGAGGGCCCGAAGAAUGCUUUGGCCAGUUCGAGAGGAUUACCUCGAAUCCGACCAAAUUGGUUGUCCGGGUACGGCCGGUCGAAGCUUGA